GGGACGGAUGGAGUAGUUUCAAAACGGUGAUAAUCGGCUACCGAAGAUUUUUUUUAUUUUUUAUUUUUACUUGGGGUUACCGUCUUCCGCUUCCGCUGCGGCGGCGCAGUGGGGGAACAACGGUGAGCUCGGUCUCGGACCCGCAGCCGCAGGCGAACGGCGACCAUCAGCCGGCGGCGGAGGCGGCGAUGGAGGACAAUGGGGCGCAGGUCGAAGAGGUGGUGGACUCCGGCGAGAGUGAGACGAUGGAAGGCGUCGCGUCCAUCGCGCUCCUGCCCUCCGGCGCCAUCUCCGGCCACUUCACCCGCCUCCCUGACUCCGUCUGCUACGGCCUCCACGGCACACCGAUAUCUUGUGAGAGGGAGUGCAGCCGAGGAGAAGAUUACCGCCUGAUAAAGCUUUCCAUAAUUGAUUUUAAGAACAAGCACGAGAAGGUGGUUGUGGUGGAAUGCAGGGGCCAUGAUGCUGCUCGGUUGCAAAACAUUGACCAUUUGCAUGGUUGGGAAGAUGACAUUGUUGGUUUGGUUGAAAAGAAACACGGGAAUCGGAAGUUUUCACUCUCCUUCGAAUGUGAGACACUGAAGGCUGACAAAGCUGCAGAAGAGCACAUUAGCAAGUAUAUGCCAAAUCUAAAAGGAUUGGAUGCAGUCGUAAAUAUAGGGAAAAUGAGCAUCUCUGGCAUCAAUCUUGACGAGGACGAUGAACCAAGUUGUGACAACUAAAAGCAGAGGCACAUUUGUCAGGGUGCGGUAGCAGUGGCCGACUGGCCUUGUUCUCUUCCCUCCUUACGUCGCAUUUGAAGACUCGGAGAAAGCAAAACUGUGUAUCUACUGCACCCAAAAUUAUUGGCAAGGGGAUGGACAUAAGAAGAAAUACCGGCUUACUAAGUGGGACAUUAUUUGUUGUCCCAAAGAACAAGGGGGGCUAGAAAUUCAUGACCUCGAGAUAAAGAAUAAAGCGUUGAUUAGUAAGUGGUUAUACAAACUACUUACCACCGAUGGAAUAUGGCAACAACUGCUACGCAAUAAAUAUUUGGGAUCACAACCUUUAUCUCAAGCCUAUUGGAAAGCGGGGGAUUCACAUUUUUGGGCUAGUCUUAUGAAGGUCAAACAGGAUUUUUUCCGUUUUGGAUCCUUCAAGAUUAGGGACGGCUCCUAAGUUAGGUUCUGGGAAGACAAAUGGUUGGGUAAUGCCUCGUUAAGAGAACAGUAUCCUUGUCUCUAUAACAUAGUUAGGCAUAAACAGUCGACUAUCGCACAGAUUUUCCAAACCAAUCCUCCGUGCUUUUCAUGGCGACAGGAUUUAAUUGGUGCAAAACUAGCUGCUUGGCAUAACCUAUUGCCUCGCAUAGCUGAUUUGGUUCUGGUAUAGGAGCAAGAUGAGUUUCACUGGAACCUCACCUCGAAUGGGGUCUUCUCGGUCAAAUCUCAUUAUCUAGCUCUAACACAUAUCGGGGUUCCGAAUAUCAAUAGACGGAUUUGGAAGGUGAAAGUACCCCUAAAAGUUAAAAUCUUCCUUUGGUAUUUACGUCGGGGCGUAAUUCUCACCAAGGACAACCUUGCUAAGAGAAAUUGGAAAGGCAGCAAGACAUGUUGUUUCUAUCACAAGGAUGAAACUAUCCAACAUUUAUUCUUUCAGUGCCGCUUAUCUCGCUUGGUGUGGUCUGUAAUUCAUUUGGCUUCUAAUCUGAAACCUCCUCGCAAUGUUGGUCA